AUGACAGUCCAAGUAACAAAGAAAUCUUUUCUUGAAGAACCAGUAGAAGAAGAACUGAUCAGACUUCUCAAAUUUGCGCCAAUCCAAAAAAUAAGGGAUAUCAUUUUAAGCAACCCAUCCCUAGACUUGCAUUAUCCAACCAAUGAGUUGAAGACACCAUUAACUAUAACCAUUGAUCGUGGAGAUCCUCAAAUUUUGGCUCUAUUGAUAGAAAAAAUUCCUACGAAUUUGGAUUCCACAACCACCCAACCUUGCGGAAAAUCUGCUCUCAUGCACGCUUCCUAUUAUUCUCGGAAUAUUGAAAUUCUUGAAGUUUUGUUAAAAAAAGGAGCGGAUCCCGAGAAAAAAGAUUUAAGAGGGUGGAAUAGUUUGUGGUAUGCUGUUAUUGGAAAACGAAUAGAAAAUGUAAUAUUUCUUUUGAAUUCUGGGGCAUGUAUCAUAGAUUCAAAAGAUGAAAUCGGAAGAACACCAUUGAUGAUAUCAGUUUUCAUGUCUACUUUCGAUAUUUUCUGCCUGCUUUUGAAACUUGGUGCCAAUAUUAAUGAAGAAGACAAUUUGGGAUUCACAGCAGUGCAAUUAGCAAUUUUGAGAAGAAAAAGAGAUUGUGUUAUUACUUUAAUGGAAAAAGGAAUUGAUUUCAAUAAACGUACUUCUCGCUCUAAAAUUACUAUUUUCGAACUAGCGGAGGAGCUUAUGUCGGACAUUCUACCAGCUUUUGGAACUGAAGCUUUUGAUGAUUUAUUCUACCACAACAAAAAACCCCCUCGUUAUCUCAUUAGGAGACCUAGCUCUGCCCCUUUCACCACAUUGCCAAUCCUUGCCUUUGCCCCUUGGUGA